CUCAUACAAUUAAUUAAUUAAAUUAAUGACCUGUAAAAACAAGAGGCGGCACAACCCCCCUAUACAUAAACCCUAGCAAGUAAUCUCCAAGUAAUAUUGCCUUUCCAGCUUAACCAUGAUGAGAAUUCUUGUACGACACGCAAAGCUAUACAGGAGUCACACCUUCCUCCGAACCCUAUCGUCCUCGGCUAAUCAAACUUUGCAGAAUCGUCUAACAGAGGCUCUUGAUCAGAAAGCACAGAUCAUUCCUGUGCUAAAACAGUGGCGGCAACAGGGGAAUCACAUCAACCCUUCUCACGUGAGAGUCAUCAUCGAAAAGCUUCGUGAUUCCGACCAAUCUCUCCAAGCCCUUCAGGUGUCAGAGUGGAUGUUAGAUAAUGUUGUCGAGUUAGAAGAAGCAGAGAAGUUCUUCGAAAGUAUACCACAUAGCGCGAGAGACGGUUCUGUCUACACUAGUCUGUUAGCCUUGUACGCACGAUCACGAUCGGACAAGACUCUGCCUAAAGCCGAAGCCACGUUCGAGAAAAUGAGGGAGUUACGUCUUCUCACGAGCCCUUCUCCUUACAAUGCAAUGAUGUCUCUCUACGGUUCCCUAAAUAAUCGAGAUAAAGUCGAUGACCUUUUGCGUGAGAUGCAAGCUAACAACGUGGCUGCCGACAGCGUCACUCUGAACCACGUGUCGAAGCUAUACUUGUCUGACGUGACGCCGAUGGGGAAGCUAUCAACUGCGUGGGAAGAAAAUUGUGGGAACUGGAGCACCCUUGAGUGGCUCAUUACUCUUGACAUGGCAACGGCUUGCCUCAAAGAUGGCUCACAAGAAAAGGCGGUAAAAUUGCUCACUUCAACCGAGAAACUACUGGUUGACCCCAAGUCGUUUAAACAAGCUUACGAGCUUCUCACGAAGCUGUAUGGUGAAGCUGAAAAGAAAGAAGAGGUGCUACGGAUAUGGAACCUUUGCAAUAAGACCACAGAACAGUGCUGUGAUAGCAAUGAUUAUCUAACUGUGAUCAGUUCACUCUUAAAGCUAGACGCUAUCGCUGAGGCUGGAGAGAUUUACAAAGUGUGGGAAUCUUUGCCUCUUGAGUUUGAUAUACGGAUCCCAACUAUGUUGGCCUCUGGUUAUCGAGGGAGAGGAAUGUUGGAUGAAGCUGAGAAACUUAUGAAAAGUUUAAUAAAGAACAUAAGAAUGAGGAGACCAAUCAAUCCGCUUUUGGACCAAUGGGGAAGUAGAAUGAGAGUGUCUGAACUCAAAUGCCUCAUCAAGAAUCUUCAUGAUUCUAAUCAGUUUUCUAAAGCACUUCAGGUUUCAGAGUGGAUGGAUGAAAAAAGGGCUUGCAAUAUUUAUCCUGAAGAUUAUGCAGCUCGGCUUCAUAUGGUUGAAGUUGUGUUGGGUUUGGAAGAAGCAGAGAAGUUCUUUAAAAACAUCCCUGAGAACAUGAAGGAUUACACUGUCUACGCAACUCUCUUGAGUUCUUACGCAAAAUCUGAUACACAUUUAGGUAAGGCCAAGGCAAUUUUUGAGAAGAUGAGAGAGCUUGGUUUCCUUAUGAAACCUUCACCGUUCAACUCGAUGCUCUCUUUCCACAGUCAAAGAAAUAUGGUCGAGGAGUUUCUUCGUGAGAUGGAAGAGAACAACGUGGCUCCCGAUAGUCUCAUGGUGAACAAAGUCUUGGGAAUAUAUGCGGCUGAGCCAAACGUAGAAGCUACGGAAACGUUUAUGAAAAAGUGGAGUGGAGAAGAAGGGAUCAAACUAGAAACAGAGACCAUGGCUGCAGUGGCAAAGACUUACGCUAAAGCAGGAUCCAUAGAAAAAGCUAUAGAGAUGUUUGGUGGUGUGGCAGGGAGUAAAGAAGAAGUGUACCGUCUUUGGAACGAGUUCAAGGAGAAUGCGAAGUUGGAGUAUAAUUGGUACCUUUUUUGGAACGAAAAUGAGAAGUUGAAGGAUGAUAUGUAUAAAACUGUUAUUGCUACUUUGUUGAAGCUAGACGAUGUAGAAGGAGCUGAAAAGGUAUACGGAGAGUGGACACCGGUUGGACCGAACCUGGACUUGAGCAUACCUGGUUUGUUAAUUUCUCGGUUUUGUGCAGAAGGAAACAAAUUGAAAUUUAGUGAAUUGAUAAGUUCCAUUAGAGGGAAGAUGAUUGAGAUGCAUUUAAGGACGGUGAAGGCUUUUAUAGGCAGGGUCGUGACGUAUGUGUUCGUCUUUUGUGUCGUGGUCGUACUUUCUAUGAGAAAAUGCUGGUGGAUAUGGUUUUGGCCGAGGAUAUUCUAAAGCAGCUGCAUCGGGUUGAGAAACACGUG